AUGCCAUUGGAGGUUAUUUCAUUAUCAGUUAAAGGUCCCGGUCUUCAACGUAUGGUACUUGUCGAUCUACCUGGAAUUAUUAGUACGGAAACAAUAGGUAUGGCAACAGAUACAAAAAAUGCAAUUACUCGUUUGGCGAACAGUUAUAUGUCAAAUCCGAAUGCUAUUAUCCUUUGUAUUCAAGAUGGAAGUGUUGAUGCAGAACGUAGUAAUGUAACAGAUCUUGUUUCAAAAAUGGAUCCAUAUGGUAAAAGAACUAUUUUUGUUCUAACCAAAGUCGAUUUAGCUGAAGCUAAUCUUCAUGAUACUGAUCGAAUUAAAAAAAUUCUUGAUGGCAAAUUAUUUCCAAUGAAAGCUUUAGGUUACUUUGCAGUUGUCACUGGCAAAGGAAAUGCUGAUGAUCCAAUAGAAUCUAUACAAAAAUAUGAAGAAGAAUUUUUUCGAAAUUCUAAAUUAUUUCGUGAUGGAGUAUUUAAAGCUACACAAACAACAACACGUAAUUUAAGUUUUGCUGUUAGUGAUUGUUUUUGGAAAAUGGUUAAAGAAAGUGUUGAACAACAAUCUGAUACAUUUAAAGCAACAAGAUUUAAUUUAGAAACUGAAUGGAAAAAUAGUUUUCCUAAAAUACGUGAACAAGAUCGAGAUGAACUAUUUGAAAAAGCUCGUGGUGAAAUUCUUGAUGAAGUUAUUAAUCUUAGUCAAAUUCCUAGUCGACAAUGGGAAGAAAAUUUAUCAAAACAUCUAUGGUCAACUAUGUCUAAUUUUAUUUUUAAUGAUGUUUUUAUUACUGCUACUCAAACAGGAUCUGUCGGCGGUUUUAAUACAACUGUUGAUGUUAAAUUACAACAAUGGACUGAAAAAGAAUUACCACGUCAAUGUAUUCAUAUUGGUCAUCUUGUAUUACUUGAUGAAUUUCAAGGAUUAAUUGAACGUGAACAAAAAAAAAGUUCAUACGAUUCAAUUACUAAUGAUUUAAAAAUGCAAGUUGUUCAAGCAUGUCGUUCAAGACAUCAAUGGGAUUCUAAAGCACUUGAUUCACUUAGAGUUAUUCAAACUCAAGCAUUACAAGAUCGUAAUGUACCAGAUAAACAACAAUGGGAAUCAGCUAUUAAAUUUAUGGAAAAUGUUUUACGUAAAGAAUUAGAACAUGAGGAAUCAGAAUUAUUAUCAAAUAUGAAUCAAAGUUCAUGGAAGAAAUUAAUCGGUUUUCAAAAAUCGACUAUUGAAGAAAAAUAUCGACAACAAUGUGUUAAAGAAUUAGAUAAAAUUUUAAUAAGUAGACAACAAUUAGAUCAAACAAUAAAAGUUAAUCAAGUGCUCCGUUCUACUCUUGAUCAAGAUGAAUUGACUACUGUAAAAAAAAACCUUCAAGCACAAAAAAUCGAUGUAUCCAAUGACUUUAUAAAUGAUACAUGGCAACGUGUAUAUAAAAUUUAUUUUCUUAAACAAAAUCUAACGACAUGUGUUGAUUGUCGUCGAUUUUUUUAUUAUUAUCAAAAAGGAUUUUCUGAUCAAGGUCUUGAUUGUCAUGAAAUUGUUUUCUUUUGGCGUUUAAAACGUAUGAUUGAAAUUACAAGUAAUGCAAUUCGACAACAAAUAUCAAAUAUUGAAACUCGUCGACUUGAACGAGAAGUCAAAGAUAUAUUAGAUGAUUUCAGUGGAGAUGAAAUAUUGAAAGCAAAUCUUCUUAAAGGAAAAAGAAUUGAUUUAGCUGAAGAAUUGAAACGUGUUCGACAAGUUCAAGAAAAAUUAGAAGAAUUUAUUGAAGCAUUAAAUACAGAAAAAUAA